AAUGGUUAAGACUUUGAGCCCCAAACGCUGUGGGGGGGGGGUGGUGGUGAGCUAAAAGGAUGAUGAAUUCACCAAUCCGAAGGAAUAGUGUUGAGCCAAUCGGAAAGCAGCGCGGGAAAUUUUGAAUACCCUCAGGUCCAAUCACUGCCCGACUGCCUGUAUAAAAGACGGUAGGUUUGCAUCUUACCACAGGAGUUUGUGAGCUACUCUGCCUCCGUUACUAUGGCUCGUACUAAGCAAACGGCGCGCAAGUCCACGGGCGGCAAGGCCCCGCGCAAGCAGCUGGCCACCAAGGCGGCCCGCAAGAGCGCGCCGGCCACGGGCGGCGUGAAGAAGCCGCACCGCUACCGGCCCGGCACCGUGGCGCUGCGCGAGAUCCGCCGCUACCAGAAGUCCACCGAGCUGCUGAUCCGCAAGCUGCCGUUCCAGCGGCUGGUGCGCGAGAUCGCGCAGGACUUCAAGACGGACCUGCGCUUCCAGAGCUCGGCCGUGAUGGCGCUGCAGGAGGCGAGCGAGGCCUACCUGGUGGGGCUGUUCGAGGACACCAACCUGUGCGCCAUCCACGCCAAGAGGGUCACCAUCAUGCCCAAGGACAUCCAGCUGGCGCGCCGCAUCCGCGGCGAGAGGGCCUGAGUGCUCAUGGGGAUGCUCAGAUAAACCAAAGGCUCUUUUCAGAGCCAC